AUGGAAAGUGAAAUCGCUCUGAUCACUCUCGAGCGUAAAUGGGCGGUGGCCACAGCCGUCGCCGUCAUCUACGACUACUUCCUCACUCUUGAUGCCGAGAUCAAAUACAUCUGGAGCAGGAAGAUCACGAGUGCAGGCGCGAUCUAUAUCGUCAUACGUUACUCCUCAUUCGUCUCCAUCAUUAUCGCCUUCCUCGAUUGCUUCCCUUGGUCGGGAAAAUCAUCACCAAUGUACGCACGCGGCCGCGCCUUGCUAGGGUCUGGGAACGCCGUCCCCUCGCUUUACGCAGCGAUCAAGACUCGGUCCGCCUACGACCCAGGACCCAACAACUUGCUCACCUUGUGCAACGCGGAUUUCUCGCAAUUCGAGUCCUUCCGCAAGGGUCCGUUAUCGCUUUUCUUUCUCGGUCCGCGUAGAGGAACCGCACAGCAGGGGCUGAUAAUCACUACGGCGUUCUUUCAGAACGGUGUCGCAUACUUCACUGCACUCCUCGUUGGCAACAUCAUGAACCUUGCGUUCAUCAACAACGUGCAGCUGUUGUUCAAUCUCAUCGGAGCGCUUACCGCCAUGACGGUGAUCUUGACCUGCCGCUUCAUCCUCGACUUAUUCGAAGCGAGCACGAGGGGACGCUUCGGCACUAUCCCGACAUUACACCUCUCGGCCAUGGCGCCGGCGCCAAGACUGAACCCAAACUCCUCCCCUCCCCGUCUCUCCGACAUGCGCGUAUCCGAGAUCGCGACAUCGUCUGGCUGCUCUCUCACUGGUGGUGACUACGUCAAGCUCAUCGUGCACACUGGUGCCCCCGGCGGCUGGAACACGAGGCAGAUCGUGCAUCCUCCAGGCCUCGUCUACCUAUCCCAAGAGACCCCGUUCGCGCCGCCUGCCCUCGGGACCGGGCCGCGCACGCAGGUUUACAAGGCCCCGCGAGGGACACGGUGCACGGUCCGAAGUCGCCGGAGCGUCGCGACCGGUGCUGACUUGUCACCGUCGACCACGCAGAGCGUGGACGGCGUUGGGUACAUUUUCGAGACGGACGUCACCGCGACGGACACGGAGUGA